UAUAAGCAGAAUCCUAUAAAGACACGCAGUAUUGCUCUAUUUUAAUGAUAACCUAUCGCUGAUUACUAAACUGAGGAACGACGCGAUCUCCCUAACUCUCGCGAGAUCAGGCCAUUAGCAAACAUGGCGGCCGCGAUGGAUGUGGACACCCCGAGUGGAACCAACAGUGGAGCCAGUAAGAAGCGUUUUGAAGUGAAAAAGUGGAAUGCAGUGGCUCUGUGGGCUUGGGACAUUGUGGUGGACAACUGUGCCAUUUGUAGAAAUCACAUUAUGGACCUCUGUAUAGAGUGUCAGGCCAAUCAGGCAUCAGCUACAUCAGAGGAGUGUACAGUGGCCUGGGGAGUCUGCAAUCACGCGUUUCAUUUCCACUGCAUCUCUCGCUGGCUGAAGACCAGACAGGUGUGUCCCCUGGACAACAGAGAGUGGGAGUUUCAGAAGUAUGGCCAUUAGCAGCAUCUGGGUGGCCCAGUGUUAGUGUUUCAGAUCCACAGAUUUGCUUUUCUUCAGAUGCAUUUUUGUUUAGAUGUCAUCUUUCUCUCCAUAUUAAAGACCAACUGGUCAACAUUGGAAUUAUUAUUCUUGAUGUUUUUUUAUUUCUGUGCUGUGUGCACCAUUUAAAGCUGUAAAUUGUCAAUAAAGUCCCUCUAAAUACA